CAGCCACCAAACGGCGAGCCGAGAAGUGUGAACAAAAAGGUAAGGUAAGGAAGAAACCAAAGUUGACAAAACAAAAUGCAUGAAUUCAAUUGACCUGUGUCCUAAUAAUGCCCCUGCAGACAAUAAACGUAUCGCCAAUUGAAUGGAAAUCUGACGAAAUCGAAAACUCUGGCACAGUUACACAUCAUCAGGUGCCAGGGAGAUAUAUAAAUCAAGAACUCUCAAGACGAUGUGAUUCCCAGUCUUCCAGCCUAUCCUCUAAUAACUAUGACAUUUGCAGGAUCUGUCACUGUGAAGGAGACAGUGAGGUGCCUCUCAUUGCUCCGUGCUACUGUGCCGGCUCACUACGCUACGUCCACCAGGCUUGCCUGCAGCAAUGGAUCAAGUCGUCCAACAUACGAUGCUGUGAACUCUGCAAGUUCCAGUUCAUCAUGCAGACCAAGACCAAGCCUUUUAGCGAGUGGGAACACUUGGAGAUGUCUGGGUUCGAGAGGCGCAAGCUACUCUGCGCCGUCAUGUUCCACGCGGUCGCGCUGACUUGUGUAGUCUGGUCGUUGUACGUUCUCAUCGACCGCACGGCUGAGGAGAUACAGAACGGAAUGUUGGAGUGGCCGUUCUGGACUAAACUGAUUGUGGUGGCCAUCGGUUUCACUGGAGGUGCAGUGUUCAUGUACAUCCAGUGCAAGGCAUAUCUCCAGAUAUGUCAGCGGUGGAAGGCAUUCAACAGAGUGAUAUAUGUUCAAAAUGCUCCUGAGAAGCCGACCUUGCCAGCCCCUGCGGCGCAGACAGUGGUAAAAUCACAAGCUGCAGUGUAUCCUCCGCAGCUUAGUGAACCUGCAGCUAGCUUCCCUACAUCCUCUGACAACCACUUCAAACCCUACCAGGACGGCAGCAGAGACGAAACCAGCAUUGAUCUCAAAGGUGUACGCAACUUACACAUUUUCUUCAAUGAGGAAAACCGAAUCAGGGUACAAAAAGAUAACGUGCAAUCAUGCACUGUUGAUUUGGAAAACAUCGACGCUGGUGAAGGCUGUUCUUCCCAGUCAAACGAGGCCGACCAUGGAACAUCUUGGCACAUCAAGAUCGGCAAGAGCAAAGAACCAAACGGAAAAAGUAACGAGGUUAUAGCGAACAACCGCGACGAUAAUUACGGAGCAAUCGUUCCUUCAGAAGUUGGAGAAGUCGCCAGGAGAAACGAAAAGCUAUUGGCUGUCAAAAACAACGACACAGCCAACGGAAUGAACGAAUCUCCUGUGUUGAAGUUGCAGAUCAAGAAAGCAGAAAUAGUUAUCAAAUUUGGUCAGAAAUCCAGUGGCACCGACUUAGCAGCUUUGGACGAUAAACAGAUUGACGAUAGAAACAAUGACACAUCGCUCAAUAUUCAGAUUGACAGCAGAGAAAAAGACAUGAGUGACCCGAUAGUUAUCGACUUAGUCCAGAACAGCUAUGAUCAAAUGAAACCUGCAAGUGAACAAAGCGAUUCGCAAAAUCCAGUUCAGAUUCGCGUGGAUUUCCGAAAAGAUUGCGAAGACAGACAGAUUGAAGGCUGUGAUGAUUCAGGCAAAGAAGCUGUCUGUGAGGCUUUGUUGGAGAGGGAUACGGAGAAUUUUCCAAGUUCCGAGCCCGGAUCUGGCUCGCAAUCCCCUCUCUUGGCAAACAAACAAGACUUGCCCACCCAGUCUGUUUCCUUAUAAACAUUUUAAAGAAACUUUGAUUUCUUGUCAGCUUUGUGAGUUCUUUUAGUUUUUAGUGUUUGUGACUGUAAAUUUAUCUUCUUUUCAAACAAUUUGAUCAAAUUCUAUCCUUUUACCCUUAAGGAUUGAUCAUACCAUUUUAUACUUUUCAAACCGGACAUUUUUGCACAAAAUAAAAUGUUGACAAAGCAUUUUUUGCUCUCAUAUAACCAGAUAAUAACAAUAUAGCAACUGUUGUGAUACAGAAUACAAAUCAAUAAUCACUGUUAGUAAUAAAGUUGUAGCUUUAGUUUUUUUUCAAAUUUGAACAUUUCCUGAUGUUCAUUCAAAAGGUAAAUAAUGUUUGCAUAAAUGUUAAUAGAUUUAAUAAGUCUAUUGGGGGUUUUGAUUAUGAUUAUUGCUGAUUAAUUAACAUUUACUUAUAUUUAAAUUUUAUUGUCAGACAGUUCAUAGUUUCACAAUUUAAACAUGAUUUAUGUUCUCUCAUAGUAAGUUAGCUCAACUUUUGUUUGUUUUAUUUUUUUUUACAUUGCUAAAUUAACAUAGAAGCAAGUGUUACAUACCAAAUGAUCUGGUGUUUCUUUUUUUAAAUUUUCAAACGUUCAAAGUUUAAGCGUCACUUACAAUUUAUUGUCUACCUUACAAACAAAACCCGUUUGACAGGAAAGAUUUUUAAUAAUGUACAAAUCACAUUUUUAUUAAGAACUGUUAGUAAGUAUGCAUGGUAAAAAGCUUAAAACAAAUGAGUGUUGAUCUUUAACACUAAACACUAUAUAAUCUGUUUUCUUCCUACAUGCAAAUUUUUCAUGAAGUAAUUUUAAGAUCGCUCAAGUAGGUUAGAAGUUGAGUAAUAGUUACAGAUUCAUUAGAGAGUAGAUUGUAUACGAGUCAAAUUGUAUUUCGGUUACAACUUUAGUAAGAAAACUAAUUUGUUUUUUGUAGGAAGCUUUUCCAUGUUGUUUGUGUUUGAUGUACCAUUCAAAAAGUAGUUAAUUGUUUAGAAUUUUCCAUUUAUGUUUUUUAUGUGUUUAGAAUUUUCCGUCUGUAUUAUGUGUUGAACCAAUAUUGAAUAGGUUGUUGUGUCACUAUUACUUUGGAAAAAAGUAAAUAACUAUCCAAACAUUUCAACCUUUGUUUAUCAGAAAUAAAUAAGAGGAAUUCUAGCAAUGUUAAUGAAAUGUUGUCUUUAUUUAAUUACUGUAAACUAACGUAUAUUGAAAGAGUUGGUUUUCAUUUUCCUAUCAGGUACAGUAUAAAUCAAAUUUAAUGUUUCAUGGUAGGAUAACAAUUUAUAACAGCAGAUUAAAUUAAUGGUCAUAGCUUAUGACUGAAACCUUAUCGGCAGAGUUUCACCGAUUACUUUUUUUUAUGCUACAGAUCUUUGCUCCAGUCUUUGCUAUUAUGUGAUUUAUGAUCCGCUGAAGUUAUACUGACGAUUCUGUGACUAAAACCAUUGACUAUUGGAUACAGAUUGCUGUAUUAAUAGUCAAAGCUAAAACUUAACACCACUGCCAUAAUAAACAAUUUAUUAUACCAUCUUACAGAAAUGAGGCUUCUGCCUUUCAUUAACUUGAAAUUUAUGACUCUUAAAAUCUUUGAAAAAAAUUACAGUAUUAUUUUACCAUCUCAUUUAAUUUUAAUAACCUUUAAGCUGGGACCUUAAAGCAAGGGCUGUUUUUACUAUUCAGUGCUAAGAAUAAAAUAGGUCAUCUAAGUGAAUAGAAGUGUCUACUUAAUAUUUCUUUGAAAAUUCCACUACUUAUUUUUAUUUGUCAGCUCUUGUGCAACCUUUUCAAUUAGUUUGAAUUAAUUCUUCGGGUAGCAAUGAGUAUUUUGUUUUUCUAAUUUCUUUUUUGUUCAUAAAACCAAUUUUUUUCAUAAAACCAAUUUUUUUCAUUUACUGUUAAAUUUGUUUUAGUGAAUUAAAAAAAGUUCAAUCUCAUUUUGUGAUUCUUCUAUUUUAGUUUUAAAACAGCGCAGACCUUUUCUUUCCCUUUCUCACUAAAUGUUUUUUCCAACUAAGUCAAAGAAUGAGACUGAAAUAGUUGUAUGCGAAUUGUAAUAAAUUUUUCAAAAAAUAACAAGCCUUAUUUCGUAAUGAAUCAACGCAGGUGUUGUUGUGAUUGUGAUAUUACCAUAGUAAAAGUUGUAUAGUUCCUAAAGUCUUGGAUCGGAAGCGAACAUUAUUAUUUUCUCUAUCCGUCAGUGUAGGAAACCCGUUUAUUAUGUUCACUAAACGUUUGGAACCUCUAUGUUUAAUGUCUACCUGUAGGUGUUCUUAUCAAUUCACCGAUACACAAAAACUUUUGUGUACUUGUGGACGCAGAAUUGCAUAGCACCAGUGUCAGAUUAAGUUUAUGUUAGUAGCACAGUUCGUGAUAAUACAUGUACUUAAUGCUUACAGUUAAUCGUUAGAAAAUGUGAUAAAUUGUGUUGGAAUUGAUUGAUACAAACAUGAGUGUAAAUAUAUUAUUUGUAAAUAAACUAAUAAUGAUAUA